AUGCCUUCUGCCGAGACCUCUAUCAUGGACGUCCCUCGUACUUUAUACUACCAACACAUUGUUGUCGAAGGAACGCCCUAUGAGCGCGGACUUUCGCAUGGAAGACAGGUGGCUGACAAGGUCCGUGCCAAUAUCGAAUACUACAAGCUUCCUGGAAAGCUGCCUCAUUGGUCCAUCUCCUCCAAGAUCAUCGAAACCGUCUACCUCCCAGCCUUUGAGAUGUUUUACCCCACCGGUCUCGAAGAGAUCAGAGGCAUCGCAGAUGGCGCAGGCGUUACGAUCGAAGAGGUCAUUAUGCUCAAUGCCCGAUACGACCUUGGCAGAUGCAUGUAUCGACUGCAAGACGGUGGCAAGACUCCCCAGGAGCUGAGUGAACAUGAUGAAUGUACAAGUGGAUUCUUUCCGCCUGAAGCAGUGGCGUCUGGUCGUGCUCUGGCGGUGCAUAACUGGGACAUGUCUAGCCAUCUCUAUAACCAGGACCUGAUCAUCUACCUCGAAGUGCACCCAGACCCAUCUGAGGACCGACCCUCUAUGUUUAUUCUCACUGAAGCUGGGCAGCUGAUCCGCAGUGGAAUGAACUCGGCUGGCAUGUCGGUUACUGCAAAUUCACUGCUAUGCAGCGAAGACUACGUGCCCAUUUCGCACGUUGACCAAGACGGGGUCUACCAUGAGAUCAAGAACCCCAAGCCUGUUCUCCCUCUCUCAGUAGCAAGACGCGUCUUCCUCGAGUACAGUAACUAUGCAGAGGGUCUGGUAGCUAUUAACGCCUUCCCGCGCCACGUCUCAGGAAACCUACACGUCUCAACAGCCGAAGGAUUCGCAAUGGCCAUGGAAGUCUCCCCAACCCGCGUGUACAAGUUCUACGGAAACAUUGACGAUAACUACCUCAUCCACAGCAAUCACUUCCUCAGUCCAGAAUUUCUGAGCCGUGAUGAUGUAUAUGAUCGAUCUCCUGGUGGGAGCACCUGGUUCCGAUGCUUGCGAGCCGAGAAGGGAGUAAGAGCUGACUGUGCAGCGGGGAGAUUGACGCCCGAAAAGAUCAGGAUGGCGUUCUCGGAUCACUUGGCGUAUCCUGAGAGUUUGUGCAAUCAUCCGAAUUUGAACCAGAGGAAUACGCCUAGUGCUGUGUUGACUGGAUAUACGUCUAAGCAGAACAUGACGGUCGCUUUUGUCAUAUAUGACCUGGUGGAGCGGGUUAUUACAGUGUGCAAAGGGCCUCCUUGCGAGGGCGUGCUACAGAAGUUUAAGCUAGAGGAGAAGCGAUUAUUGAAGUAUUAA